GCUGUCUAGCCAUUCUAGGGGAAGGGGGCAGAAGGACAGUAGUGGCAGCAGAGGAGGCAGCCUUGUGGAAGCUCCAGUGGCUGAGAGCGUGCCUGGGCAGCGUCCGGCGCAGAGGGGAGAGCCCCGAGACCGUCAGCUAGCUCUCUCUCUCUCUCUCUCUCUCUGUCUCACGGGGAGAGGGUUCGUGGGCUUGGGAAUGAGAUGGCAGGAUUUUCAGGUCGGAAGGGCUGGCUUCAGCUCAGAUUUUUUUUCUGAGAUCAAUCAUCUUCCUUUUAAAAGAACAAGGAGGAGAGGCUAAUCCAGAGCAGACAGUUUACCAGAGGGCAGACGAUCCGGGAUUUUUCUUGCAAGACUCAGGCUGUCAGAAAAAAAACUUUCUGUCAUGGGGCACUAAGAGAAAAGACUGGAUUAUGUGCAGUAUAAUAAAACCCAUGGUUUUACGUGUUUUAAUUUCAGUUGGCUCUCCUGGCUUAGUUGUGUAGCCAAACCGUAGAAAACGACGGUGAAUUUUGGCUCGGCGACUAAGGGGAGGGUUUGUUUUUAACUUUUGCCAAAUGCCGUACAGUGAUUGCAAUGCUUUGGAGAUAGAUAGCUGUUGAGUAAAUAUUUCAAGGCUGUUUCUGGAAUUGUAUUUGUGUGAUUUUGAGAGGCGCCAUGAAGAUCUUAGAGCAUGUUAAGAAUGACUUCUCCUUUAGCAGAAGCACCUGGAAAUGGCACAUUCAGGACCCUGCGAGCCAGCGGUUGACAUGGAACAAGUCUCCAAAGAGCGUCCUCGUGAUAAAAAAGAUCCGAGAUGCCAGCCUACUGCAACCUUUCAAAGAGCUGUGCGUGUACCUCAUGGAGGAGAACAACAUGAUUGUUUAUGUGGAGAAGAAAGUGUUAGAAGACCCAGCCAUAGUGAACGAUGAAAACUUCGGACCAGCGAAGAAGAAAUUUUGCACAUUCAGAGAAGAUUAUGAUGACAUCUCCAAUCAAAUAGAUUUCAUCAUCUGCCUGGGAGGGGAUGGAACCUUGCUCUAUGCGUCUUCUCUCUUCCAAGGCAGCGUGCCACCGGUCAUGGCGUUCCACCUCGGCUCUCUUGGAUUCCUGACCCCGUUUAACUUCGAGAAUUUCCAGUCCCAAGUCACUCAGGUUAUAGAAGGCAAUGCAGCCAUCGUCCUGCGCAGCAGGUUGAAGGUGAAAGUGGUGAAGGAACUCCGAGAGAAGAAGCCCGGACUCCAGAAUGGCAUUGAUGAGAACGGGGUGGUGGCCACGGCCCCGGACAGGGAACCGGGCAAGCAGGUGAUGCAGUAUCAGGUCCUCAACGAAGUGGUGAUUGAUCGCGGUCCUUCAUCGUACCUUUCUAAUGUGGAUGUUUAUCUGGACGGACACCUGAUCACCACGGUGCAAGGAGAUGGAGUCAUUGUCUCCACGCCCACCGGGAGCACAGCGUACGCUGCCGCCGCGGGCGCCUCCAUGAUCCAUCCCAACGUUCCCGCGAUUAUGAUCACCCCCAUCUGCCCACACUCCCUGUCCUUCCGCCCCAUCGUGGUCCCCGCCGGAGUGGAGCUCAAGAUCAUGCUGUCCCCUGAGGCCAGGAACACCGCCUGGGUUUCAUUCGAUGGGCGGAGGCGGCAGGAAAUCAGCUACGGAGACAGUAUCAGCAUCACCACCUCCUGCUACCCCCUCCCCUCCAUCUGUUUCCGCGACCCGGUGAGCGACUGGUUCGAGAGCCUCGCCGAGUGCUUGCACUGGAACGUGCGGAAGAAACAGAAUCACUUUACUGUUGAAGAGGAGGAAUUCUGAGCUCCGGCUCCGGUGGGGCGGCCUGGUGAGCCCGACGGAGGCCAAGGGGUGGAUCCUAUCAGGCUCUUUCCCUCCCUCCCUCCUUCCGCCCCACGCUGUUAGACGAGACCAAUGUGUGCACCUGUGGGUUUGUAAAUACCUAUCUAUAUCCGAUCCGCUGGUGAGCAGUUGCCACCCAGUCUCCUGUUUGCCAGCAGUGGAGUGGGAGUGCGGCUCUGUCCCUCUGUCCGUCAGCCCAAUCCAUCGCGUUCGGUGUUUUGUGUUUACAGAGAAGCCGGCUUAGAACUAGGUCGAUCUUUCUAAGCAAAUGGCCACAAAUAAAUCUCUCUCCGCCCACACACUCGAUUGCAGCCCCUGCUCCCAAAGUGGCCGUAUCUUCAGGUUUGGGAUACUGGACACGAGAUCUCCAGAAGCCCAUUGGACACUGUUAUCCUGUAGCAAGGGGAAGGAAGUUUCCCAUCAUGUCGGUUUGUCUAUUUUCUGGCCAGAGUUGAGAGGGAAGCCCAACUCUGCUUUUGAGAGUCUCAAGCGAACCCUGUUCUGGGAUGGUUCAACACCCCCCUCCCCCCUCCUCUUAGACGUGGCCUUCAGCAGAUACAACUGGUCCUUUCCCACUCUGAGCUGGUUUCCCUUCUCCCAGACCUCCGGCAGGAGAGGGUGCUUACACGAUGCUGAGUCGAAGGGACGUCUGCGUCGAGCCAGGGGCGUGCUGCGGUUUCUUUUAGUGGGAUGUGGACUCAGCCUGCUCCAGCUACCCCACCGAUGGGUUGUUCGCCCUGGUCAGACACAGGGGCUGGACUGGUGGCCGCUCAGGCCCGGUUGAACAACCGAAGCAUCUCAUCCGGCCUCUGGCCGGGCCUGAGCAGGACACGCUUGGACAACAUGCACAUUCCAAGCCCCGCAGUGCUGCCUUCGGCCCACCUGGAGCUAUUUUAACAGCGAGAGGACUCGUAAAUGAUUCUGUCGAAAUCUCUAGCAUUAGUUUCCUGGGAAUGUUUUGUCGUCGGUGGGUUUGUGGAGGCUAGGUGGAAAUGGGGGCUUCUACCAGCGGAGUCGGUACUGUAGUGUGACCCAGCCGGCUGUUUACAUUUGUCUUCUGUCUGGGGCCAACGCCUGAACCAGUGGGGGUGGGGCAGGGGGUGUUGCGAGUUGGGGUACAGGCUGUCGGCCGCGGGGUAGGGUGACAGGUGACUUCCUGUCCUGAGAAGUUUCACUCGGCUUUUCUUUUUUUAGCAUGUGUGAGGCCCGGAGUGGGCAGCCAGGAGGGCUCCCUCCAGCAUCCCUUGCAGGGCUCAGGCAGCCCUUGGGUAACCCACAGCAGGAAAUUGGUUCCCAGCUAAGGUGCAGGGACUCCUUUCCACCAGAGACCCAGCUGGGAGUCCAGGCUUGGGCUCCCAGAGGCUCGAGGCUCCCCGGGAUGAAAGUGCUGGUCAGCUGGAGUUUGGGCUUCUCUGGCUAUGAGUGGGAGAAGGACAGGAGACCCUGCAGGUGUCUUUGCACAAACCCUGAGCCUCACACUCUUUCCCCGUUAGAAGCUGCUUUGGGUUUCUUGGUCAAAGUUAUUGUCCUGGAGUAGCUGGGCCUUUCUCGUUGUUGCUUUGAAACAUUGCCUCUUUGACAGUUAAAAGGCAGUAAGGCAGAGUGAGGUCUAGGAAAGGGCUUUGAGUUCAGCCUCCCCUCUGUCAAUGCGAGCAUCAAUGGGCCGGACCUGAAAGCUGACACUGAGCACCAGGUGAUCCUGGCCGGGGGAGGGGGGGAGUGCUCGCCUAACCCCAGGGAAGCUGGUAUUUGUAACAGGAAUCGGCCUUUCCAAGUUAGAGCAAGCUGGUAAUUUUCAAACGAGCAUGUUUAUAAAUUGUAACCUCAAGUCCACAUCAUACGCAUUUUCAUCUUCAAGGAAUUUAAGGUCUUUGCCAGUUGAAUCGGCCGGCCGACCCGAGGCAGGCAGCCACUCGGCUCCCUGAGGGAGGGUCGACUUUGUCUUUGGAGUGACCCUUCCCCCGAAAGUCUCUUCCCCCAGGAUCGGGGAGCAGGCUUGCUUCUGAGAGUCGUCUAGCUGGGGGGAAUGCGUGAACUAAUAUUUAUUUUAUAUGGCUUUCUGGCUCCCUUAUCUGUUAAAAUCACACAUUCUCUCCUGACAACAAGCUCGGCAUCGUUCCGCAAUGGCUUCUUUCAAGACACAUGUGGGGUCUUGCCCUGCCCACUCACCCGCCGUUCUGAUUUAGAGUUUCAACCAGCUCUGCCCACAUGCACAUGACUAGCAAGAGACUUGUGACCGUGCUUGAAGAGAAAAAUAGUGUGUGGAAACUUCCAGAAAAAUGAUUAAGCAAGAAAACAGGCUCCAGAGCCAACUUCUCGGGACUUAACCAAGUCUAAAGCCUCAUUUUGAACUUUCAGAAAGAAUUCCUAAUGUUUCAUAUUGUUAAUACUUUGGAAAUUUGUUAAAUAUUGUUGAAAGCAUAAAGAGAAAAGAUGAGAUUAUUUUCAGAGCCUUUCAAUAAACCAUUUUUUAAAAAGCUG